CACAACAAAUAAUCUAUAAAAUGGUAAUGUGACCCCAAAAAAAAUCUGUCUCUAUUCUCUGAUAGCUAAGCUAUGUUGUCAUGAAGUGAAAAAAAAUGAUAAUAAUAAUGUAUUGUGGUUGGAGAUCAAAGGACAGCGCAUGUUACACAAUCUCACAUGGCCUCCCCUGCUCUUCCCUAAUCAUAAAAUCCCAUUUUCAUAAGAAUUCAUGAUGGCCACUCUCAUUCCCAGGGGCGCCCCAAUGAAUGCCUCUGUUGAAUCUUCUCCUUUAAGGAACGAGGCUCGGAUUGAUGAACUUUUGGAGCUCUACUGGUUCUUUGAGAAUCUGCUUAUUAGGAGGAGCCCAAGAAUUUCGAGCUCCCGCUCUGAUCCUUGUCUUUCUAAUGUUGCCCACCAGGUGUUUGUUGAAAGUCCUGCUCGGGAUGUCUGCUCUUCUGGUUUKGAUGUGGGUGUUUCGCCUGGGAAUGGUGGCGCUAAGCGUAGGAAUCUGCUCCGAACGCCGUCGUUGCCGUCGCGUAUGGAUCGAGAAGAAGGAAUUCGGGAAAUGGUGGCAGUAAACGCCGGAAUCUGCUCCGAACACCAUCACUGCCGGCCCGUAUGGAAGGAGAAGAAGGAAUUCGAGAGAAAGGCAAUGGUUCCAAGCUAUUGUCAGAGCAUGGUCUGCUUCAAAAACCAGCCAAGCCGCCUUAUGUAGAGAGGAAAGAAGAAGGAACUCACGGCAAAGAAAUCAACGGCACUCGAAGGAGCAAAUCGGCAAGGAAACCRCAGCAUAGUAAUCUGCUAAGAACACCAUCUUUGCCACCGUGUAUAGGAAGGGAAAAGGAAUUUGGAGAAAAGGAAGCUGCUGCUAGAAUCAGAAACUCUACUCAGCCAAACCUUUCUGAGUUAUUUCCCACAAGACAAGAGAUUCUAGAGAAGAACUUCAGCCUCCCAAUGUGUCGAAUCCCGACAAGCAACGACGAAAUGUGGCAUCAAUUUCUGGUCCAAAUGAGGAGGAGGAGAAGCCAAAGGGAACUUGAAUCAGAAGAAGUACAGGGUUUCAAGGACUUGGGAUUCACAUUUGACAAAAAAGAUAUAAACCCAACAGUGGCUGAUAUAAUUCCAGGCUUGAGAGAGAAAAAGGAGGAAGAUUUGGAGAGUGAAAGGGGUAGAAGUAGAAGGCCUUAUCUUUCUGAAGCAUGGAUGCUCCAAAACCAUCUCCUCCCUCCAAUUCCAAAAUGGGAUUCUAGAAGAUCUGCACAAGACAUGAAACAACAAAUCAAGUUUUGGGCUAGAGCUGUGGCUUCUAAUGUGCACUAAAAAUGCUACUCGAAACUCGGGUUGGAUUGGGUUGGAGUUCAAAUGAACCUCAUUUUAUUGGAGAAAGUAGAGUAAAAGCUGCGGGACAGACAACCGAGGAGAGCAAAAUAUAGAACUUUUUGUCACUUUUUUUUAACACCAAGUGAUCCAUCAAAGAGAAAGAUGGCCUCAAAAUGCAAUGUUUGCAAAUUGCAAACAUGYUGGUUUGUUCUGAAGCUACAAAAGAAAAAGAGUUUUGCUUCAAAUCUGAGUAGAUGAGGUGGCUUGCAUUGGAGAUUUUGGCUUCAUCAUCGUCUUCUAUUCAUCAAAAGGGAAAAAGUGAAAAUUGGAAUGUGACAUUUGGAAAUAAGAUAAUUGUAUUGUUACUAUAUUAGAACAAGAUUUGUAAGCUUUUUUCAUUUAUUAUUUGUAAUUUAAUUUAUUUUUUUAUACAUCAAUUAAUCACAUAAAG